AUGAGGGGCAUCCUCAUUUCCAUCAUCGCAUUUACAGCGGCUGCGUUUGCAGCGCCGCUGAAUGAAGGCUUGUCCAAGCAACAUGUGCUCGAUUCAGAUACACGAGCUUUUGUGCAGUCCGUUCUGGACCACUUCAAUGUUCCUGGCGCCGCCAUGGCGAUUGUCACACCAGCAGGUAGCGGCAUUGAAUACUUUGGGGUAAAGGACCUUGAAGGCAACCCUAUUACCGAAUCCACCUACUACGCCAUCGCGUCCAACUCGAAGUGGGUCACCGCUCUUGCCAUAGCUACCUUUGAGUCAUGGAAAAAUGUGACUGUGCCAUCAACUGGGCAGCUGUUCAGCUUCGAGACGCGCUUAAAAGAUAUUUUUCUGGACGACUGGAACAUGCAGGACGCCACUGCCACGGAGCAAGCGACGGUGGCCGAUCUGCUCACGAUGAGGACCGGUGUCCCGAAACACGACUUUUACAUCCGCAAGAAUCAAUCUUCACUGGAUGCCAUUAGAGCGCUGGGCCAGCUCAAGCCAUCGCAUCCCUUUCGCGAACGCUACCAAUAUGCAACCAGUCACUAUGGCGCAGCAGCUGCGCUCUUCCCUGCGCUCCUCAAUCAGACCUUGGACGACUUCCUCGAACAACAUUUCUGGGCUCCUCUUGGCAUCCAAGCGUAUACCAACGCCACUCAGCUGAGAGCAGACGAUGUGGACAUCGGCGCGGGCUUCAAUACUGUCGCAAGCAACGGCACCCAAUGUGCGCUGGACCUUUCCGCAAACAAGUCAUACGCAUCGUCCUCAGCUUGCCUUGGACGUACGGAGGUGUUUGACUUCUGGACAGAGACUAGUGCAAUUGAGCAAGAUGGCGGAGGAUCGGUCAUCUUCACACCCAAAGACAUGGUGAGCGUGGCUGGCUUGAGCGAUGCGUAGCGACUAUCUUCUGACGUGCGCCUCGCUGCCCCCGUUGCAGCUCAAAUGGGCGCACGAGAGCAUCGAUCCCAAGGUCAUUCCAGAGGAAGCCCUGGAUCAGGCAAUACAUCACGAGUCGCAACCCGUGGCUGGGCCAAUCACUUACGGGUUUGGCGUGUCUAAAGCUGAGACUCCAGACGGCGAGCUCCUGUUCCAUGGUGGCGCAUUGCCCGGACAUAACAGCAACUUUCUGCGCAACAUCGAAAAGGGCAUCGCUAUUUUCACCAUGACAAACGCAGACCCGAUCGGAUUCACUCUUGCGGACUUGUUGAAUGCGGAAAUUUAUACAAGAUUGAUAGGAAAGCCCCCCAAAGAUCUGAUCAAGACGUUCGAGAAGAGCUUGGCGGUGGUGAUACCGCCCGGACAACUCCCGCCGCCCAACCCAGUGCCUCCUACUCCUGAUCAGGGCGACAACUUGGUAGGCGCGGUGCUCACACAUCCUGCGUAUCCAGAAAUCCGCCUUCAGCCGCUCAACCUGACCGGAUGCACUGGUCUCGAAUCUGCAGGCAUUCCCGCAGACUUCAUUCAGAUCGAUGUGACGACCGUUUCGCCCAUCAACGUGAGCUCCAGCAACAAGGCAUUCUACGCUCAAUGGAACGGAUCCUUCACUUCGCACAUCGUCCUUACCCACUUUGACGGACCGCAUUACAAUUACACUAUGCUGCUCACCUUCGAUAAGCAGGGGGAGCACGACGAGGAUGCGCUCAACACUCGAGAACGUCGAGACCCCGAUGCUUUCUUGAUCCAAGCUCGCCAAAGUGCGGCGAAUGGCGACAAACCUCCGCCAGUAAAGUCGAGAUGUCCCAGCAAGUACACCGCCAAAUUCUUUGGACAAGGUCCGGCCGUCUUUACUGCAGAUGGCAUCGGUUUCUUUGGCGCAUUUUGGGCGGGCGAUGAUCCUUCCAUUGCGGUUGCGCCGGUAACUGAAAAUGUUCGGCAAGAAGCCAUCGCUUUCUUCGGCCGUUGA